CACCCAAACAGAGCAUAGCGUAUUGAUGGCUCUGGAAAUCGCGCAAAGGCCGCAAAACCCUACUUGAACCCCUUUCAUUCAUCAAGCACACAGUAUCAUUAUCAUCGCCGUCGCAUCACAACCAUGGCUCUGCGAUUUCUCCGAUCGCGAGCCAAAUACGUCGCAUCAUCACCGAAGCGAUUCCUCUCAACCGAUGCCGCCGCCGCCGCUUCUCCUCCUCCUCCUCCCACUGCCGCCUCCCCUAACCGCUGGAACUUCCUCAAAUACGCUGUCGUUGGUGCCAUCACCGGCGCCACUACCUUCGCCGGUUACGCCUCUUACGCUUACAAUUUGGAUGAAAUAGAAGAGAAGACUAGGUCGUUUCGUGAAUCGGCUAAGUACACUGCAGGCGAUGGAGCCACUACUCUAGAUAAAUUUCAAGGGUUGCUAUACUCAACUGCAAUGACAGUGCCUGCUAAAGCAGUAGAGCUUUAUGUGGAUGCAAGAAGGCUAAUUGAAGAACAAGUUAGGAGUUAUACUGAACCAUACACGGACAAGCUCCUUCCUGAUUUGCUUCCUCAGGAGCAGCAUGUGUUUACACUUGUUCUAGAUCUCAAUGAGACAUUGAUUCACUAUAUUUGGACGCGAGAUACAGGGUGGCAGACUUUUAAAAGACCUGGAGUUGAUGCCUUCUUAGAACAUCUAGCUCAGUUCUACGAAAUAGUGGUGUAUACAGAUGAGCAAAAUAUGUUUGUAGACCCUGUUAUAGAAAGGCUGGAUCCCAAACAUUGCAUCAGAUAUAGGCUGUCGAGGCCUGCUACAAAGUAUCAGGAUGGGAAACACUUCAGAGACCUUGAAAAACUAAACAGAAAUCCAGCAAAAGUUCUUUAUUUGAGUGGCCAUGCUUUGGAAAGUUGCUUACAACCUGACAACUGUGUCCCUAUUAAGCCAUGGCAGCAACAAGAUAAAGAUGACACGGCUCUUUUGGAUUUUAUACCAUUUCUAGAGUUUGUUGCCCGUAGUAGUCCAGCUGAUAUAAGACCAGUGCUACAAUCAUACCAAGGCUGUGAUAUUCCGAAUGAAUUCAUCAGGCGAUCCAAAGAGCAUCAGAGGAGGAUGCAAGAACAGAAGCAUCGUGGUCGCCUCUGGAAAAGUUGAUCCUAUCAGACGUUCUUCCUGAAGUUUAGGAAGUGAGAUUGUCAGUUUCAUUGCAAGUUGAUUGUUCAGUUCAUUAGAGAUUUUGAAGUCAGUGAUAGUUGACGAGUGAUUACAUCAAAAUGUAGCUUUUGUUUCUUGAACUUUAAUUCUUGAACAAUCAAUAUUUUUUUGCCUAUAUAAUUCUGUCGCUGGAAAGCACCUAUUAGUUUCAGCGGUGAAGUUCUUUUUCGUCUGCUAGAAGAAUGAAUUCCUAAUACAUAUGUUUCUUGCAAGAUGGUUUAACCUUUUGGGAGGAUAUCUGCCCAGAUGUAGCUAUGGAUGAAUUUGCCCAUCAUAGCUGCAUAGAUUGUACAACUGACAUAAUAAAAGAUUUUACUUGUUCUUGUUU